GUCCAAAGAGAAAGGCACAGACCAAACACUGGAACACUUGCGAAAGAAAUACAACACAGUUUUCAGUGAUCAGAUGGGAACAGUAAAAGGCUUCACAGCAAAACUUGUACUAAGAGAUGACGCAACCCCAAAAUUCUGCAAAGCCAGAUCUGUUCCAUACUCCCUGAGACCAAAGGUGGAAGCGGAAAUCGAUCGCUUGCAGGAUACAGGGAUCCUGACGAAAGUGGACAGAAGCGAAUGGGCCACACCCAUAGUUCCUAUUGUGAAGAAAGACGGGUCUGUUAGAAUGUGUGGGGACUUCAAGGUAACUGUGAAUUCAAUGUUGCAUGUGGACCAAUACCCCCUACCACGUCUGGAUGACAUCUUUGCUGCACUAGCUGGUGGGAAACACUUCAGUAAAAUCGAUCUGAAACAGGCUUACCUGCAGCUACCGGUUGAAGAGAGUUCCAAACAGUACCUGAUAAUAAACACACACAAAGGUCUAUACAGGUAUAACCGCCUGGUUUUUGGCAUUGCAUCAGCCCCAGCCAUUUGGCAACGAACUAUUGACCAGAUUUUGCAAGGAAUCCCAGGAACCCAGUGUAUCCUGGAUGACAUGAUCAUAACAGGACGCACCGACAAAGAGCACCUGGCUAACCUGGAAGAGGUCCUGAAAAGACUGAAAGAGUAUGGUCUACAGGCAAACUUAAAGAAGUGUGAGUUCUUCAAAGACAAGAUUGUCUUCUGUGGACAUGAGAUUGACUGCAAUGGAUUGCACAAAACACAGGACAAAAUCGAGGCAGUGGUACAGGCACCACGACCCCAAAAUAUCACAGAAGUGAGAUCUUUCACGGGACUGAUCAAUUACUACAGAAGAUUCAUCCCAAACCUUUCAGCAGUACUCCAGCCUCUAAAUCAGGUCCUGGAAAAGAAUAGGACAUGGCGGUGGACAGAGCAGUGUGAAAAUGCAUUUCUGGAGGCAAAACGGCUCAUAACAUCUGAACAGGUCCUGAUGCAUUACGACCCUGAAAUGCCAGUGAAGUUAGCUUGUGAUGUGUCCCCUUAUGGAUUAGGGGCAGUCCAUUCACACACACUGAAAGAUGGGUCAGAGAGGCCAGUUGCAUUUGCGUCACGAACAUUGAAUGAUGCAGAGAAAAACUACUCACAAAUCGACAAAGAAGCACUGGCACUAGUGUGGGGCGUCAAGAAAUUCUAUGCAUACCUAUAUGGCAAGCGUUUCACACUGGUUACAGAUCACCAGCCGUUGCUUUCCAUUUUCAGUCCAAAGAAAGGCAUUCCGGCAAUGACAGCAGCCAGGUUACAGCGAUACGCCCUGUUCCUUGCCAGUCAUAUAGAAAGACAAAGGAGGGUGGAUGCAGUGGACAUGUUCCAUACCGCUCAGCUCAAGGCACUACCAGUCACAAGCACAGUUAUCAAACAGGAGACAAGGAAAGAUGUGACCUUGUCAAAAGUGUACACCUACACCAUGUCAGGAUGGCCAGCUACUGGCAGAAAGGAGCGGACUCCGUAUUUCCAGCGGAGAAACGAAAUUACAACGUACCAAGGAUGUUUGAUGUGGGGAAUGAGAGUCAUGAUACCGCAGAAAUGCCAACAUCUAGUCUUGCAGCAACUACAUGAAGGUCAUGUUGGAAUUGUCAAAAUGAAGCUGCUCGCAAGGAGCCACUUCUGGUGGCCAGGUCUGAACCAACAGAUAGAAAAUAUGGCAAAGAACUGUAGCGGAUGUUUGGAAACCCUUCACAUGCCUGCUCCUGUCCCAGUCCACCCAUGGGAAUGGCCCGCAGAGCCAUGGCAGAGAAUUCAUGUGGACUACGCUGGUCCCUUUGAAAAGCACAUGUUUCUGCUUAUAGUUGAUGCCCAUUCCAAAUGGCCAGAGGUGUUUUGCACUGACUCCUCCACCUCAGCUCAGACGAUAGAGUGUCUCAGAACAACGUUUGCACGCUUCGGUUUGCCGCUGCAGCUGGUAAGUGACAACGCGCAAGCUUUUGUAAGUGAUGAGUUUACAAGAUUCAUGUCAGUAAAUGGAAUCAAACACUCAACCUCAGCUCCGUACCACCCUGCCACCAAUGGGUUGGCAGAACGCUUUGUGCAAACCCUAAAGCAAGGACUCCGUGCAGCAAAACGAGACGAAGGGACUUUGCAAACAAAACUGGCCAAGUUCCUGGCCUCCUACCGAAACACUCCACAUGCCACGACAAAUGAAAGCCCAGCCGCACUGAUGUUCGGGAGGCCUCUCCGCACACAGCUGGACAUCAUGAAGCCAAACAGGCGUAAUGAAGUGCUGAACAAACAAGCCAAGAUGCUCUCCGGGGGCCAGGAGCGCCAUCUCCAAACAAGACAGGAAGUGAUGGUGCGAGACUACAGAAGAGGAGGGAAAUGGACAAGAGGGACCGAAGAGGAAAAUUCCAGCCUGCGUUCUGAUCAGUGGGAGAAAUAA